CAUAGUUCAACAACGGCUGACAAUUCAAAGCUGUUUUCUUCUUUUCACGAAGCAAAGCAGUAAAGAACAAGAAACUGUUAGUAAACGAAUGUAAUGGAUCGAAACGAAGGCAAGAAAAUUAUUCGAAAGAAUUUAGAGACAAUAAAAUAUUUCUCAAAUGGAGCUUCAGAGGUCAAUAAUUACACUAAUUUGCGCGAAGAAGCGGAAUUCGAUAGACAUUCUUUUGUAUUAAUAUAUCGAGAUCUGUUUAUGAAGAAAAAUGUCAUUGAGAUGAACCAUUGGAAAUUGUAGAACACGUCAUGCGACACAAAACAUUUUCAGAAAUAUACUUUUCUGUCGAGGACUAAUGAAAAUAUUGGAUCUGUCACGAUGGCCUUUCAGUUCAAAAAAAUUGAUCAGUGAUAUUCUCUCCAUCGCGACAGUUUAUGAAUCACGUAGAUACCAGUGAACUUUGCGAAGCGCUAGAUAUCACAUCUAUAUUCUGAGUUUCGUUACAUCACUUCGCGAGAGUGUAAUGCAUCAAAAUCACAUGUGAUCAGGAUAUGUGCUGUUUCAUAUCUAUCAGUAACAUCGUGUUCUUCGAGUAUAAUUAACAUUUCAUCAUCAAUAUUUCUGUGUUCCAGAAUUUGACAGAUUGUGUUAGAAUAAAAUGAUUAAAAAUAUUUGACAAUUUUUAAUUAGAAAUAUAUAUACUACCUCGCAAUUACAGAUAUUAUGUUAAAAGAUAGGAAAAAUAUUGUAUGUGUUCAAGCAGUGUACAAUUAGCAAUUGUGAUUCUAUGAGUGCUGUGUAUUUGAUUAUAUUAAUCUUUGAAAAAAAACGUUUCUGAAUCGAGUAUUAUUUGUACGUAACGUAGUGUCAUUCUCUGAUUUGCCCGCGUGACGACACACACGUGUCAGCAGCGUGCGUAUACAUAUAGCGGUCUAUCGUUCGAGACUAUUGUUUGUACAGAAGACAUCUUGAGUGCCGUUACAAGGAAUAACAGGUUUUCGCUCAACUUCGUAGAUUUUAUUAAUUCUUGGUCAUACUGAUCAUGAUCGCCGCAAAUGACAAGAUCGUACGCGCAUCGACGUCCGAAACGAUCAAGCUGCACUUCCUAUCUUUUACCUACGGUAUAUACCUGAUAAUUAAACGAUUUCUCAAAUGGAUAUGGGAUCCCAAGAAAUUCUUCAUGCUACGACAGCGGGACCAGCCGCCGCCGUGUCUGGUCGAUAACAGCCUCGGCACGCAUUCUUACGUGAAAAUCAAGGGUGUUAAAUUUCAUUAUGUAGAAGCGGGAGAUAAAAGUAAACCACUCGUGUUAUUAUUACAUGGAUUUCCGGAUUGCUGGUUAUCUUGGAGAGAACAAAUUCCACAUCUCGCAGAACAUUUCAGGGUAGUGGCUAUAGAUUUAAAGGGAUUUGGCGAUAGCGAUAAACCGUUGAACAAACGAUCUUACAAAAUCGAAAUUUUAAUAAAUGAGUUAAAGCAAUUUGUGUUGACUUUCGGUGUAAAAACAUGCAGCAUAAUCGGUCAUGAUUUAGGAGGACUUCUGGGAUGGUACAUAGUCGCUUUAUAUGGAGAACUCAUUUAUAAAUUUGUUGCCAUUUCGAGCCCACACCCCAAUUUCUAUUGGAAUAGAGUAUCGAGAAAUUCUACGUUAGAUGAAAAAUGGAUACAUUUUAGUAGAUUACCAUUUCUACCAGAGAUAGAUGCCCUUAAAGAAGAUUUAUCUAUUAUUAACGAGAUAUUUCAGCAUCUUCAAAUAUCUCAGAAUGGCACAGAGAAAAACUAUGUUGAGGCGUAUAAAUAUGCCUUCAGCAGGAAAGAGGACUGGACAGGACCAAUUAAUUAUUAUCGCAAUCUUCCAUUUACAAGAUUAAAUAUAGACAAUGAUGCACAAAUUAAUAGCAAAACGCUACUAAUAGUCGGAAAUAUGGAUCCUUUUGUAACAAUAGAGAAUAUCAUCCAAAGUGCUGAACAUGUAGAGGUGUCCAGGGUUAAGAUCAUAUCAGAGGCGCAACAUUUUCCACAUCAAGAAAAACCAACCGCUGUAAAUGAAGCGAUCAUCAAGUUUCUGAUAGGUACAACAUGUAACUUGCCACCUUCAAAGAUAGCUUCAAAGAGUCUUGUAUCCUCCUGGUUAGGAUCGUUAAGUAAUACCGUUAAGUAUGGCAAUCACAUGAUUGACGCUGUGCAUAAACGGACCAAUGAUGUAGUAAAUGUGUUACCCACCAAAGCACUUUAUUUGGGUCAAACAAGUUAAAUGGAGGAGAGAGUGUUAUUUGAUAUCAACGUCAUAUAUUUAAACUUUACAUCUUUUUCUGAAAAAUCUGGAGCGAACCUACCUAUAUGCAUCAAUAUUGACAUAUGAACUUCUUAAAAGGCUGAUUUAUGAUCCUAUUUAUUAUUUCCUUUUUACAUAUAAAUAUGUCAUUACAAUGAAAAUUACAAUUUUUGUGAAUGAUAAAAUCUCACGGUAUGAAAAUUUCAUCACAUUCACUUUUAAUAUAAGAGAUAUAUGU